AUGCUAAGCACGGAGACUCCUAAAGACUACGAGGUGCCACAGCCUCCAACUGAUGGAAUUUCGUGCCUGGCAUUCUCACCAGUAGCAGACUAUUUGGCAGUUAGUUCUUGGGAUAAUAAUGUCAGGAUUUAUGAAGUUAAUGUAGCUGCUGGAAAUGCUACAGGAAAAGCUAUCUAUAGUCACGAAAAGCCAGCAUUGUGUUGUGCUUGGAGUAAAGAUGGAUCUAAAGUUGUCUCAGGUGGUGCAGAUAAUGCAGGUCGUUGCUUCGACACUACUACACAACAAUCCACACAAAUUGCCUUACAUGAUCAACCCAUUCGAUGUAUCAAAUAUGUUGAUCAGGCUAAUCUUGUAGCCACCGGUAGUUGGGACAAAACAAUAAAGUAUUGGGACAUGCGAUCCCCGUCACCCGUGUUAACUGUUGCUCUUCCAGAGCGAUGCUAUGCAAUGGAUGUCAUUUAUCCAUUAAUGGUUGUUGGAACAGCGGACAGACAUGUUCAAAUAUACAAUCUGGGGCAUCCAUCAACUCCUUAUAAAACUAAUCAAAGCCCACUGAAAUUCCAAACGCGAUGUAUUUCUUGCUUUCCGAGUGGCAAUGGUUAUGCUAUAGGAAGUAUAGAAGGGAGGGUAGGAAUCCAAUAUAUUGAAGAAAAAGAUAACAACACGAGCUUUUCAUUUAAAUGCCAUCGUGACGGGAACAACGUGUACUCUGUCAAUGCAAUUUCUUUCCAUCCAAUAUAUGGUACUUUCUCAACCGCUGGUAGUGAUGGCACAUAUAACUUUUGGGAUAAAGAUUCCAAACAACGAUUAAAGGGGUUCAAUUCAGUCGGCGCACCUAUUUCUGCUACUACGUUCAAUCGUAAUGGUACUAUCUUUACAUACGCAGCUAGUUAUGAUUGGAGUAAAGGGUAUUUGCAAUAUCCAUCAACAAACAAAAACGCUAUCUUUUUGCAUGCUGUCAAAGAUGAUGAUGUUAAACCUAAACCAGCCAAGAAAUCCACCAGAUGA